AUGGCACCAAAAGACGAUGUGGGAGAAGCAAACUAUGAUGCCAGUGGCGCCAAUAGUCCAGAGACGUGUGGUGUGGGCUCCCCAUCAAGCCCUGUACCUCUGCAGCGAAAUACUAGACCAGGUGUGGGCAGCCAGAGGGUGGCAGAAACUGAAUCUUCUCUUUGGCAGGCCACAGGUAACCAGAAUUGGCGGCCUCUCUCAGAGAUGGAAGUAGGGAAACCCGCACCAAAAAUGAAAGAUGGAGGUUUGAAGCCAGCAUCGAAGUCUAUAAAUGGGGUGCCACAAUCUGAUCCGACCACUGCCAAUGUGUCUCGAGUACCAUCCUUGCGCACAAAGCCUACUUCCAAGAUGUUUUACACUGAAGCUGGUGAUUAUAGUAACGUUAAUGUACAGCGAGCUCAUCCGGAGAAGACCUCCUCUGGCCUGCAACGUCCUCCCAUGAGACCACCAGAUCCUCCUUGUCGAGAUAAAGUUGCUCCACUGCUGAAAGCAGAGCAGUCCACUAGCAUGGAAGAUACUUCAUCUUCUGUGUAAACAUCCUUAUUUGUAUUGUGCUUUUGUUUCUCCUGUUUUCCCGCCCUUGACAAUUGUUUUGCAUUAUCUUGUCAUUGGCUUGCAAUGAAGUGUAGCUUCACAAGCAACCACCCUUGCUUUUUGUCAUGAAAACCCACAGCCCCAGUGAAUCCUUUGUCUCCUUUUCUCUCUCUCUCCCUCUCUCAUCCACCUCCUCUGUCUGUCUGUCUGUCUCUCUUCCCCCGCCUUCUCUCUCUCUCUCUAUUCCUCACUCCCCACCCCCCACACCACCCAUCUGUCCCUCUUCCCUCUCUUGGCUUUUCAGAAGGGAUCACUAGAAUCAAAGCAAAGCAGGGAGGUUGGACACAAUGUUCCUCUCCCUGUUGGCUCUGGCUUGUUCUUAAGGACCUUGCAAUUGGGAUCUCUAGAGGAGAUCUGAAUUGGGCACAGACUGGACACUGAACUUGGGGCUAGGUUUGAAGGUGGGCAGUGCUUGUAAAAUGCAGUGUGUGACCUGCUCAUCACUUACCUGCCCUCCCCAGCGUUGCUGGGACUGCACAUCUGCUGGGCAGAUCAGUUGGGGGCAGGUGUUUAAGGCAGGACUACUUCAGCGGAGGUCUUGCAUAAACUGAUGAGCCGUUGCCAAGCAUGAAGUGGCUGCUAGGCAAACAGUAUUAUUGUGGGAGGGCUCCUGACUGACUUCUAACUCUGGGUGGUUGGGGACCAUACCACUUCACAGCUCAACCUCCAAUUCAGUUCUGCUGGCUGAGGUAUUGAACAAGCUUUUUACUGUGCCUUUAAUAUACUGAGAGAAUAGUAAUUACGUUGAUCCAUAAUCGCAAUUCUGGAAUUCCUUAUCACUCUCCUGGAAUUAAAUCUCCUUUUCCUAUCUCUUUACUUCAUUAAGAUGAUAAUUGGUGAUUUUGCUGUAAAGACUUUUCUGCUGAUUUUAAAAAAAACCUCUUGAGUUUAAAUUAACCCUAACAAAUGUGUUCUGAGAGACAAAUUCAAUUCAGAUGAUGAGAAAAGCAAGCAAUCGGAAAAAAGGCAAAGUGAAGAGAGUUGAACAAUGUUGAAGCACCUCUGGUUAUUGAGAGUUGGCAGUAGUGAGGGAAUAAAUAGAUAAACUCUUCAGAUUUGGCAUGUAUUUUCCAAACUGCUUGUCUAAUUUCAAGUUCAACCAUCAGUUUAUUAAAUGGUAGAAGAGGGUCAAAGGCCAAAAUGGCCCCUUGCUGUUCAUAUGGGAGAUUUCCUUGUCUCUAUUUUCAGAAGAAAGGACAUAAAACAUAGAGAAAUAUCACGAGAACAAGGUAAUCAUGCAUUGGCUUCACAGCCCAAGCAGUUUAAAACCUUAUCCCCUCUAAACAACAAUAUGUUGCACAGACAGUCUUAAAUAGAAGAUAGAUUUAUUAAAGAAAAUUAAUAGCUAAUAUUACAAAGCUGUUUACAAACUAAUUCUUUUGAAUACGGGUCUAUUUGCGAAUAAGUUGCAUUGAAAUUGUUCCUAAAUGAAGCUAGACCUUGUUUUACAGAAAGCUGGGGUUUUAACCCUUGCAAUGAGAACUUGGCAUCUAAAGCACUGUGAGACAACAAGGU